AUGGCGGAAGAGUUUGUUCCACAAAUAGAUGGCAAGAGCUUUGAGGAUGUAGCAGAGGACUACUUAACGGACUUGAUAGGAAGAAGCCUGGUAAUGGUUGCUAAAAAGAGAUCGAAUGGCUCCGUUAAAGUCUGUCAUGUUCAUGAUCUGUUGCUUGAAUAUUGCAAGAGAAAAGCUGAAGAAGAGAACUUUUUUGAGCUUAUAUAUAAGGAGGACAAGCACACUCUUUGUGAUGAUCUAGACGAUAUUUUGGAGUCAACAUACUCUCUAUCUCCUGAAGAACUGUAUACCAGACAUACUCAACGUAGGUUAUGCAUCUAUUCACAAAGGGAGAGUUUUCUUGUCAAGUCUAGGCCAUCAGGACCACAGCUUCGUUCUUUGUUGUUCUUUGACAUUAAUGACAAAUCCUUGACAAAACCAUAUGAUAUCUCUCCUAUAUGUCUCGCCUUGAGAGGUGAAGUUUGUUUGCCAUACACACUUUCAAGACUGAGACAUCUUCAUGUCGAUGCACGUGCUGUUUUUGGCUGUGAUGGAUGGAAUUUGAUUCAACUAGAAAACCUGCAAACCAUUUCCACUCCGGCCCUCAUCUAUAACAAAGAUCAUGCCAUGGAUCCUAAUGAGGUAAUGAGAAGGUUACCUAAUCUUCGGAAAUUGAGAUGCAUAUCAGUUGACUCGGAGGACUGCUGUCAUUUUCCAUCACUGGAGUGUGUGAGUCGACUUGAAUCACUCAAGAUAUUACACUAUGGUCAGUCAUUUUCUUCUUGUAAGUUCAACUUCCCCUCAAAUCUCAAAAGACUGACAUUGCCAAAGUUUCAGCUACCAUGGACUGAAAUUUCAAGAAUUGGUAGCUUACCACACCUUGAGGUUCUCAAACUACUUGCCCGAGCCUUUGAGGGUGUGCAAUGGGACAUGAAAGACGGAGAGUUCCUGAAACUAAGAUUCUUGAAGUUAGACUCUUUGAACAUUGAACAAUGGAACAUCUCAUCUGAUUGCUUACCUUCCCUUGAGCAUCUUGUUCUGCAAAGUUGUAAGAAACUUAAGGAGUUCCCUUCAUGCUUAGGCGAUGUUUCAACGCUACACAGUGUUGAGCUACACUGGUGCAGCCGUUCUUCUGUGAACUCGAUUAUCUCAAUUCAAGAAGAUGAGGGGUUCAAGGUCCAUGUAUACCCUCGAGAAUUCGAUUCCUGA